AUGUCCUACUACGAAGACCCCUACGGUCGCCCUUCCCCCGGCCCCCCAGCCGGCUACGACCAACCGGCCUACGACCGCCCGCCCUAUGAGCGCGGCCCAUACAGCGCACCACCUCCCAUGGCCCGACCCCCGCCAGGCCCCCCGCCCCCAUUGCCUGCUGGCUGGCACCAAGAAUGGGAGCCCAACAUGCGCCGCGCUUUCUGGGUUGAGGAUGCCACUGGCCGCGCGCAGUGGGAGCCGCCCUACGGCCCACCACCCGAUCAGGGAUACUAUGAUGGUUCACGCUCGGUGCCCCCGCCUGAGCCUCAGGGCGGUUACUAUGCGCCUCCGCCUGGGCCCCCAGGCGGUUAUGACAACCGUGGUUACGACCAGGGUGGAUAUCAGCCGCCCCAGGAGAAGAAGAGUAAUGCUGGCAAGUAUCUCGCUGCUGGUGCGGCUGGUCUUGCCAUGGGUGGACUUGCUGGAGCGUUUAUUGAGCAUGAACGUGAUGAGGACCACGAGGAAGACGACAUUCGCGACGCUAGAGAAGACGGCUACGACGACGGCCGCGAGGACCAACAGGAGUACGACGAGGGCUGGUGA